AUGACCCCCCGAUUCGGCUUCCCCAUGCUCUGCAUCCGCUGGCAAGAGGUGCUAGACGUGUUGCGUGGGAUGCUGCCAAACGAUGCCGUUUACACCGGACACAAGCUCUUGGGGUUUACGCAGGGAGCGGAGGAGGCGGAGGGGGAAGGGGGUGGUGGGGAGAGUGGGGCAGGCAUGGGGAGUGGUUUGGUGAAAUGCGUCUUUCGAAAGGUGUCCGGUGGUGAAGAGCGGUUGUUGGAGGUGGAGACCCCUGUGCUGCUGGGGGCGGAUGGCAUUCAUUCGGAGACUCGGAAGCACCUGCUGGGGGGGGAGGAGGGGCGCAAUGGGAGUGGCGGGGCAGCAGGAGAGGGACUGCUUCUGCCACGGCACGCACUCUCUUUUAUCGGCCUCAACCGCACUGCAACCGUCGUCGACACUGGAGGAGGAAAGCUCUACUGGGUGUUGACGCUCGUUGAUUCCGCCGAUCCGACGGUCAGCAGCGCGCGGUCCAGCGGGGGGGAGGAGGCACAGGAGAAGAUCCUACGGGCAUUCGAGGGUUGGGACGUGAUGACUCAGCUGGUCAAGGCCACUCCCCCCGACCUCAUUCUCGAACGCCGCGUGCUCGACCUGUCGCUCCUGCCCUUCUGGGUCAAAGGCAGGACGGCUCUCCUGGGAGAUGCGGCGCAUGCAGUGACGCCAGGGCAGGGUGCCAAUCUGGCGUUUGAGGAUGCGGCUCAGCUGGUGGAGUGCCUCCGGGCGCACUCGCAUGUCAGUGAUGCUCUUCGCUCCUUCCAAUCCCUCCGCAUGCCACGAGUGCAAGCGGUGGCAGCACGUUACGCUGCUGCUUCAAAGAAGCUGUAUGACGAGAAGAAAGGGAAGAACGCAGCAGGGAAUGAGGGAGGAUCAGGCAGUGAAGGAAGUGAGGCGGAUGCAACGCCAAUGUUUGAAGAGGUUCAAGCGGCAAUGGCUGCAGUGGCGGCACGAGAGGGGCGUGAUCCCGACGAGGACCUAUAUGGUUAUGACAUUGUGGUUUGGGAGGAGGAGGAUCAUCGUGUUGUGAGUGCUCUGCACUAA